GAGUGUUGUGUUACAGUUUUGAAUCCUCAUCUCUCAUGUAGGUUCAGCCUGGGAAUUAUGCCACUUUUUACGAUGACCAGAGACAGAAUUGGUCGUUGAUGUUUGACUCUGUGAAAAUCAGCUCCGACUUCUGCAAAGAGAUAUGUAUGGCGAAGUGGAACAGUGACCCAUCUCAGGACAUGCUGGUGGCCCAGGACCUGGUGUUAGGAGAGGGGCAGGCGGUGGAUAGUGGAGACGCCCUGGAGAUGGUCCUCACAGGAUGGCUUCUGCAGAACCACACCACAGGAGAGACAUUCAACCCCAGCUCCAGGACGAGUCAAGACGGGCUGCAUCGAGUGAAACUGGGGCCUGGCAAAGAACCCACAGGUUGGGAAAGGGGCUUGCUGGGGAUGCAGAGAGGGGGCCGGCGACUCCUGGUCAUCCCCCCUAGUCACACUGUUGACCCCAAGGGCAUCCUGCACAACGCACCUCCAUCCAUUACCUUGGUUCUGGAUGUAGAAAUUCGGCAGGUUCAUUUUUCUAUGGAUGGGGCAUUGGAUUGUCUUAGUCGAGAAUCCCCAGAUUCUUCACCCUCUGUGUCAGUGGAAAGUUCUGAAGCAGCUCAACCAGAAAACAGGGGACAGCCAACUAAAUCCAAUUCUCCAAAUGAGAAACUGAAGGGCUCCGACUUCGACUCCGCCAAGGCCAAACUCAUCUCCCGCAUGGCUAAGAUGGGCCAGCCCAUGCUCCCAUUCCUGCAUGGUGCGAUUCCUGCUCAGCCCGACCCCAGUGACUCUGAGACAGAGGACAUCUGGGACUCUGGAAGAACACAUCAUGCUACCCCUCCCAGCGCCCCUGCCUGCCCCUCACUGCCUUCCUCCUCCUCACCACCACCAGAUACACCUCCACCUGAUCCAGAUUCAGCUCCUUCCCAGCAAGUUGUUGCCCGGCAACCUGACAACACGGCACAGCCUGUGGAAUCUGUGUCAAUGCCGGCAUUUGUGCCCUACCCUGCUCUUCUGACCACUGCUCAUAUUCAGCCGAUGGGGUUUCAUACUGUGGCAUACCAAGCUCCUGAUGUCACUUCCUUCUUGAUGAACGACGUACGGCACCUCAGCGCUGAGAUGCUGUUGGAUGUUGGGAAGGUGGCACACAAAGUAGAGGAGUUAACUGCAAAGGUGGACAAGCUUCAGCAUCAGGGUUUCCCCUUCGUUACACCUUCUGUCUCCAUGGAAACAGCCAUGAUCAUGCACAGCAUCCAAAGGAUCAUUCAGGAGAACGCCGUGCUGAAACAGGAGCUGCUGGAGAAGAACUCUCGGGUGGAGGAGCAGAACCGCAAGAUUGGGGAGCUGAUAGAACACAAACACAGGUCCAUUGAAAAGAGCAGUCUGCUGCAGGAACACAAAAGUGAUUCCUUUCAGUCCAACAGCCAGCAGACCCAGGCACGCCUGCUGAUGGCAGAGCAGGACAAGGUCCGUCUAGUCGAGGAGCUGUCCGCCUCUUCGUCUCUGGUGUUCCAACUGCAGCAAGAGACAUCAAACCUCCAGCAGAGGGCAGCAGAGCUCCAGGCCAAACUCAUAGCAUCUCUUCAGACGAGCCAACGCCAGAGCAAUCAGAUCUACUCAAUGGAAACAGCAGUGGAAGAACUGAAAGCUAGCAGGGAACAGACUCAAACUCAGGGGCGCAUAGAGAAACAGAGAUGCAAAGAGCUGCAGCUUCAAGUUGACAACAUGAAGGAGGAACUGGAGGAGCUCACGGCAGACAAGCAGGCCCUGGAUCAGGUGCUGUUGGACAGGAAGAGGAAGUGGCAGCUGGACCGCGAGCGGCUGCUGUCGGAGUUGGAGGAGACGCGCAAGAGCAGCCAGCAGGAGACCGAUCAGCUCCGAGCACAGCUCAGGAAGUCUAGAACCGCUCCGCAGAACCACAGCACAGAGAACCAGCUCCAUGCUGAGCUCAAGGCAGAGUGGCAGAGGCGGAGCGACGCGUCUCUGACCUCAGCACGGGAGCUGCACCAGCGUGCUCUGUCUGAGCUGAUGGAGCAAAGAGAUGUGCUGGAGGACACCGUGUCCCAGCUACACAGCCAGGUGGCUGAGGUCCAGAGAAGAGCGAGAUCUGAGAAACAGCAUCUAGAGAUGCGAUUGGUUGAGUUAGAGCAGAAGCUGUUUGAACAAACCAAUGAGGAGGCAGCUGCCACACAGCUCAAGCAGGUGAUGAACAGAGUGUUCCACUCACUGAGAGAGGAGUUUGACCUGCAGGAGACCUACACCGGAAGCACCAUCCUGAAGCUGGCUGUCAACACCAUCAAGAGUGUCACCCUGCACUUCCUAGCUGAUCUGAAUGACAUCCCAGCAGAGGCAGAUGAUGAAAGAGAGGAGGAGGAAGGUGGUGACGCAUCUCUUCAAGAGUCCCUGUGGGACAGUAAGACAGAGGAACAGGUGGUGAGUGAGGAGAAAAGUAAACACUCAAAGGAGGUAGACGUAAAUGCAACCACAACCACAAAUGCGCAAGAAGAGAUGUCAAAUAAGCACACUACUGACGGGUCUGCGAAUGGUGUGGUGGAGUCCCAGGAGUCCUCAGGCACAGAAGAGAUCUCCGUGGACACCCAAACAACACCAGCAGGAGAUAUCUCCAUGGACACCCAGACAACACCAGCAGGAGAGAUCUCCAUGGACACACAGACAACACCAGCAGGAGAGUCAACUCCCUCAGCCCAAACAAAGCAAUCAGAUCCGCUUCAAGAUAAUCAGCAAUCAGCAAUUCACCAAUCAUAAAUGCUAUUUGUGACCCAACAAAACAUCAGGCUAGGUCUUUCACAAGGUCAUUCAGGUGUGACUCAGGAUGUCACUUGUUUGAACUCCACUGAAGCUUCUAGUCACCACUGAUUUGGAGGUCAUGAGCGAUUUGGUCCUGGAGAGGUGUUUGGUAAAGAGAGACGACUCCUCCAUGGUUGAGGAAUAACUGUUAAUGUCUGCAAUGAAGAAUCACACCAGCAACAUUUUAAUUCCAGGAAUCACAACCUAAAUAGAAUGUUUAUAUAAAUGAAUGUGCUUAACCUCAGGGCAAACAUUUUUAUGAAUGUUUUAUUAAUUAUUUGUAUAACUAAUUACAUUAUUUAUAAAAUUAACAUUGUAAAUGUUGAAAUCUACCUAAUAAAACCCAAGACAUAGGUCG